AUGUGUAAAGAAAAUAGGACAAAAGUCACAGAAUUUCACUUCUUGGGAUUUCGCAAUCUUUAUAACUUUAGAACUCUCUUUUUCAUUGUAAUACUUGUAAUUUACAUUGUGAUUGUGGUCGGGAACCUUUUGAUCAUCCUCUUGGUGUCAUUUAUUGACCAUCUACAAAUUCCAAUGUUUUACUUCCUCAAACAUCUAGCUGUGGCCGAUAUUCUUCUCACCACCACUGUGGUACCAUUUAUGUUGGACAUAAUACUUAAGGAGGGAGCAGUCAUUUCUGUCAUUGGGUGUCUCAUUCAGUUUUAUUUUUAUGGUAUUUUUUUGAUUAUUGAGUGUUCCCUGUUGGCCGUAAUGUCUUAUGAUCGAUACUUAGCUAUCUGCAACCCACUUCAUUAUGCCUUAUUGAUGAGCCCUAAGAGAUGUGUGCAGCUCGUCUUUGUAUCUUGGUCUUUGGUGAUCACUAUAGAGUUAAGUGAUAUUGUGUCAGUAAGCCAACUUGAAUUUUUUGACCGGAAUACUGUUGACAAUUUUGUCUGUGAUGUUGGCCCACUUGUAGAAUUAUCAUCUUCUGAUAGCUCUGUUGUCCUAAUUGUGGACUUUACUAUCUCCAUCGUCAUAGUACUCUGUCCAUUCGCUUUCAUUAUUAUAACUUAUAUCUGUAUUUUUAUCACAACACUGAAGAUUUCUUCCUCCACUGGAAGAAAAAAAGCCUUCUCAACAUGUAGUUCCCACCUGACCACAGUGUGCACCUAUUAUGGGACCCUCAUCACAGUUUAUAUGGCUCCAUCCGAUAAUAGCCAUAGUGAUGUGAAUAUGUACAGAUCUCUUCUUUACAUUCUGGUGACGCCAUUUAUGAACCCGAUUAUCUACAGCCUAAGGAACCCUGAAAUCAAAAGAGCUAUAAAGAAAGUAGUGAAAAGAACCAGGAAAAUAGGGAGGGGGCAAUAA